AUGGACGCGGAUGCCGAAGACUACGAUGAACUAAGUAAGCCACAAUAUGAAUCUGGAUGUAAAUUCAUCAGCGAAUUAAACCUCUCCCCGGGAGAAAAAGUACUAGACAUGGGUUGUGGUACAGGUCAAAUCACUAAAUAUAUCGCUGAUAUCGUUGGCCCUGAUGGUCAGGCGGUCGGAAUCGAUCCCGAUACUGCGAGAAUCAAAAUUGCUGAAGAAAAAUAUAAAGAAGCGAGUCACCUUCAGUUCCAUGUUGGUUCCAGUGUCACUAGAUUUCCACACAAUAAUGAGCCGUAUUAUGACGUCCAUGUCACCACAAAUGCAUUCCACUGGUUUCCACACGACCAGAAAAAGUUAUACAUACAAAAAACAUAUCAAUCCUUAAAACCUGGAGGAAAAUUGGCUAUUAUGUGUUCGGAUAAAGUCGGCCAGGACAGAGAUGAUAAGCAUGAUAUUAUUGACAUGCAUCCUUUGUCUGAAGACGAAUUGCGAAAGCUUUUUCAAGAAGUAGGUUUAUUCCCUAAUGUUGUGGUCAAGCAAUUCAAUUAUUUAGCUCAUUUUGAGACGGUAGAAAUAUACAAGCGUUGGAUAAAAGCAUCGUCACAUCAGAACCUCGACGACUGGGAUCCAGCCUUUGUAAAAUCAAUUAUGGCUGAAUUCGUUACAUUUCAUGACGAUGGAAGUGUUGCUUCCAAAAUACCGUCUAUUUGCAUUACAGCAAGUAAAGAGUGA